AAAUAACCAGGAAGUAAGAUAUUCUGUUGAGUGUGUAGAACAUUGAAAGAACAACAUUGAGGCCAUGAUGAGUAUUUGAGUUUAGAGUAAGAGUAACCUCAGAGUAAGACCGUAAGUUCAGUGAUCUGAGUAGGCUAAUUCUAGAAUCGGCGCAACUUUUAGAACACCAGAAUGGCGAGAGGGAGGAAAAAACAACUCGCAGUCAGUUCCAAACCCGAGGACACUCGAAAGACCAAGGUGGUGAAAGGAACGAAAGAAAACAAACCUGAAACCAAUGAGGCUGCUGUGUGCCACGGACAGACUACCAUGCACGGUUUCCUGAGCCCAAGCAAGACGCGUUCCCCUCUCCGCCACAGUCCUCUCACCUUGCUGCACGAAGAGAAUUCCUCCUCAGACUCUAAUGCGCCCAAGCACAACUUUACACACGGAGAAGUGAGACCGAAUCUGAGCCAUCCCAACACUACAGUCCCACUAGAGGCAACGAGCUCCCACAGCACAGAUGAGGACAAACCACUGGACACACCGACUGUGCCCCCCCCGCAGCAGAACAAGAGUCACGUCAUUAAGACCAACAUGAAGAAACCAGAGAGAAGUGAUUCCCAGCGAAACAGAAAGGUCACAGAUUAUUAUCCCAUCAGAAGAAGUUCCAGGAAGAGCAAAGCUGAGCUUAAGAGUGAGGAACUACUGCACAUAGAAGAGCUGAUCAAGAACCACGUGGAGGAAGGACUGGAGGUCCGACACAUGGAGGGGAAGGGGCGGGGCGUGUUCGCCUGCCAGGAGUUCCGGAAGGGUCAGUUUGUGGUCGAGUACCACGGGGACCUCAUGGAGAUGGCGGAGGCCAAGGAGAGGGAGGCGACGUACGCACAGGACCCCACCACUGGGUGCUACAUGUAUUACUUCCAGUUCCUCACCAAAACAUACUGUGUGGACGCUACCAUGGAGACGGAGCGCCUGGGUCGCCUGAUCAACCACAGCAAGAGUGGCAACUGCCAAACCAAACUGCACAGCAUCGGAGGCACCCCGCAUCUCUUCCUGGUGGCGUCGCGGAACAUCAAGCCUGGAGAAGAGCUGCUGUACGAUUACGGGGACCGCAGUCGAGACGCCCUCGCUGCACACCCCUGGCUCAAGUACUGACCCCUGACCCCGACCCUAGACAUUACCUCCAUCCUCUGGACACAUCAGUAUCAUCUUCAGGGGGGAGGAGGGAGACAAGUUCAAGGGUCAAACCACAUUGGUGGACAGUAACAGUAGUGUCAAACCGUGACCUCAUCUUUUAGCCCCACGAGGCCAAAGGUUAGUUUUUAAAUAGUUGUAGUUUGUCUGUGAUGUUGGAAUGGGUGCUGGUGGUUUGGUGGUGCUAUGUUCCUUCUGGACGAGGACUGCAUGCUUGGGCAGUGGUUGGCUUUACAGGUAACCUAGUCUCGCCACGCCAUGUAGUAGUUCUGAUUGGCUGACUGAUUGCUAGGUCCACUAAAAAUGUGACCUCCCUUAUGCUGAAUUUUUAGACGCGUGUGUGUGUGUGCGCACUGCGCUCUCAUCCAAUUGUAUAUACUGGCCUUUUUAUAUUCAGAUUUGUAAAAAGAAAAAUGAUUUUCUAGUGUACAAGUCCAGUUGCAGCAAGAGAAUCAGCAGCUUGGUUGUGAUGUGUUUUAUUUUAUGAAAUAAUUCCUACCUCUGACAGGGGACAUGAGACAAAGUACUCUUUUUAAAAUUCAAUUUUAACAUCAAAUGUAGCAACACUUAGUGUUUAUUGUUUUCUUAAAACCAGAGAUUCAUAUAAAUUGUAUUGAAAAUGUUACAGGCAAACAGAGUGUUCAUAGUGGUAAAGAAUCCUAGUGCUAAGGCUUGGAAUUGUACAGAAAUCCUUAACUCCAAUACAAUACAGUCUUGUGUUAUGUUCUAGUGUAUUAUACUUCAACGAUGGAUACAAUGCUACUGUGCUUUUUGUUACUGUAAAUAAAAUACAACUCUAUAGAAGCUUCUCAAAAUAAGUUUCUUUUUAUAUAUUGGCUAGAUUCUAUUUAUUUACAUAAACUUGCCCAAAAGAAACCCAAUGAAAUUU